GAUUUCUUCCUCCAUGUGUUGGUUAUUUAAAACAAAGAAAUGGAGAGAACCGAGAGGAAGAUGAAAAACAGAGCAUAAGCUAAAAUGGAGAGAACUCUCCCUUCUUCAUUUGCUGCCAUUUUAUGCAGCCUUUCAUUUUCACUUGCUGCUAGUUGGCAGCUUGAACACCACAACUCCAACACUCCUCUUUGGUGUUAAAGCUGCAAAAUCAAAACAGAAAUUUUUAUGCCUAAGCACCUGGAAUCAGCCCUUUGCCGUCCAUCUUGUGCUUGGUUUUCACCAUUUUUUUUUUUCACAGCCAUGUACCACCCUUCUCAAACAACCUCAGCUCUUCCUUCAUUGCAACUUUCCUUCUUUGGGUUUUGCUGCCUCAAACAAAUUUUGGAGGUUUUGCAACUUGCAUUUUCUGAGUAAAUAAAACAAGGGAUUGGUACCUCAAAUUUGCUACCUCGUCAUUUUUUUUUUUUCAUCUUCUACAGCUUCCUUGGGGUCAUAGAUCAUAUUCAACUUCUGGUGAACAUGACUUGAUGCAUGCUCUGAGUUUUCUUCCUUUCUCAGGCAGCACCCUUGAGAGACAUUCUUUUCCCCUUUGGAUCGUUGGCUGUAGAAUCCAUCAACACCUUCUCUUUGUAGGUCCAGUUGGCCUCUUCACACCAUCUCCUCACUAUGCUUGAUCUUGAGCUAUAAUGGGCCUACCAUAUGCCUUCAUCACUUGCUGAGUGAUUUGGCUAAAAAAUGGAAGAGGGAUUUCAAAAUGAACCUACUGGAAUCCAUUUAGAAAGGUGGGUUUUGGUUAUGCUUCGAUUAACUCUCUCACAGUCCCUCAAAGAUCAAUA